AUGGAUGAUAGAUCGCAUGGUGAACACGAUAUGCCAUCUAGACAAUUUACAGGUAGAAGAAGAUCACGUGAUAGCGAUACAAUGUCAAUGUCAUCGACAACUGACCAACAAACACCGACAGCGUUCAUUUCUCGACCUAUGUCACCAUUAACAAUCAACACUGACUUAGACAACUACCCGCCAUCCCAUUCCUUAAACGAUGAGACUAAAGCAUCCUCCCCAUUUUAUUAUUCACAUAUACAAGGGCCGCUUAAGUCCCCUGGAAUAUUUGUACCUUAUACAGAUGAACGGAAGAGGGAAAUAAUAGAAAAGGCCAUCAAGGAAGCAUUGGCUAAUGACGAACUUUCAAGACAAGCCGAAAUUUCAAAUACGUUCCCCUUACAGGAUCCUCCAAAGUCAAAGUUCAAACGUCAAAUGUCGGCUGAUUCUAAUGACUCAAAUGAUAACCGUUCACAACUGUAUCCAUCAAAGCGUCAUCAGGACUCCUAUUCUACCUCCGGUAUUGACAGUACAGAUCGUUACCAUGGUAUAUAUUCUACUCCAGUUCCAGAGUAUUCAAAUUUACAUAAAACCAGCACGCCCUUAUUGUCGAUGGAUAUAGCUAAUCGUGAGAGAAAAAUAGUUCAACCUACAGUAAGAGAGAAUUUGAAGCAAUUUAUUCAUGAAGAAUUAAAUACAUCAGACAUACGUGCAUCGCAACAAUAUACAAGAGAUUGUCCUAUUGACCAUUUCAGGAAUUCAACCGUUCAACGUAGUCAAUCAAUAUCGGAAACUAUUUACAAUCCUCAUAAAAUAACGGAAAGCCCCAGAAAGGAAAAAGUUUUAGCAGCAGUACCUGAAAAACCAUAUACAAAAAAUUUACAAUGGGUGGUUUCAGAUCCAAAUCCGAAUUCUGUGAAUGAUUUUGUACCAGCAACUCCUACCGCUUUAUAUUCCGAACAUCCUACCACUUUAUAUUCCGAACAUUCAUCAAAUCCCUAUGUUAACACAUUAAGAUCAUCUACUUCCGAUUAUAGUCCUGGCAAAUCUUUAAGCAAUUCAAGAUGUGACGAGGUCGACCGAACACUUUGCGCAAAUGAUUUUUCAAAAGAAUUCAACCAUGACUCAUUUCAUCGGGACGCCUUACCUAUGCGCACUUCGUCUACCAUCGUUUCUGGUAGUACAGUUACAGAAAAGGGAUUUGUUUUUCCUCCAUCUCCGACAAUCACGUGUCCAUUACCUUUUAGUCCUAGAAUAGUACAUGAACAAUUUACACCUAAAUUUAAAAGUACUCCAAAAGAAACGUUUCCAAAUCCUGUAAUAAGACGAACAGUCGAGUCACAAGUACAUGGCUCUCCGUCAAGAAGUUCAAGAAACAAGUUGCCUUUACAUAGUCCUCUCAAAGAACCGUUGGACAAAUUAAACAUAAAAAGUCCAAGUAAACAUAUCGAACCAUUGAACCAAUUACUUAAUCAAAGGAACAAUCAGCAGAGCCAAAGAUAUUGUAACCAAAAUCUGCAUACUGAAUAUGAUUCUGAAAGGAUAACAAAUUCAUUUAAUUCAACGCUUAGUAGGUCAACCUCACUCUCAAAUCAUACGGAUUCCUUUGGAAGAGAAAAAGCAAAUGAAUAUAUACAAAAUAAUAUUCAAAACAAAAUUCAAAUUCAAACUAAAAAUGGAAAUUAUACAGACGGCCACAUACUUAAAGUAGAUGUUGAGAAAGAAUUACUUUUAGAUCAAGCCGUAAAACGCUUAUUAUUCAGAUCAUAUAGCGCAAUCGAGUUGUCUCCCUCGAAAGCUGAUAUAGAAAGAAUGAGAAAUAAAGUAAGAAAUAUGUACCGAUCGAUGUCAAGUCCUGCUGAAAUGAAGGAAAUGUUGAAAAAUCUAUUAGUGGAGGAGAGAAUCAAAGAGGAAUUCUACAUGGACAAUGAUGUAUUCGAUACAUCAUCUUCACCAUCAAAAUUACAGCGACAUCCGGGUCUUAGUCAAUGUCAGCAUGGUGAUCGUAAUUCGUAUAGACAAGAUGAUUUAGCGGAUGCUCGAAGAAGACUUUUUGUUGAUGCACAACACCCAAAAGAUAACAGAGAACAACAAUAUGCCACCAUAGCUAAUGCUGACCUACCCCACCUUCUUGAAAUGUUUCAACCUACUGUGGUCUCAGAAGAUGAUCACGAAUCGGCAGAGUAUGCUCAAUAUCUAAGAGGCAACUCAACACAACGUUCAACAAGAUGUUACCAAAAAGAUAUACCUCAAACACCAAGAUUUUCUAAUCCUGAUAAAGCGCAUAGCUCCUUCCGGUUUCCAGCGCCAUCAUCCACAGUUGACAACAGGUUCAGUGAAAGAGAUUAUGAUCGUGAAUGUAAUAUGCCAGGAUGUUCACACUCACAACCUCGAUAUGAAAGAGAUGCAAACAGAAAGAGAAAGCAUGGUGAUGUUGAAGUGUGUGUGAAAUGUGAAGAAGAUGAAGAUAAAGUUACGGAUAAAUCUCGUUGUCUCCAAUCAGCUCUUCAAAAGGUUCAGCAUCCGGAAGGGAAAACAUGUCGUUGUGCAAACAUUGAGAGCGCCAUUUUGGAAAUGGCACGUGAUGCAUAUAAAAAGAUAAGAAGGUGGGACUCUAGUGAAUAUUCGUUUGAUAGAUUUAACACUGAGGCAUCAGAAACUAGAGAACAAAUUUUCGAUUCCGUUAAAGUUCUAUGUGAGAUCAAAUCAAUGUGUAAAUAUGGCCGUAUCAUCGAAGACAUGUUUUCUGGAAGUAUCAUAUUUUUGUUUAAUUGUCCGACAUUAUUAGCACUAGAUGACUUAUGGGAAAUAUAUUUAUCUGGAAAAUUAAAAGAAAUGUUUAAUUCGGCCUUUAUCACGGAUGAGUUAAAACAUAAAUAUGGUGCUAGUACGGCUAGACUUGAAGUGGUUAUAUCACAAGAGGCAUACCAUCGAGCAAGAUCGGAACUACUUAUAAGAGAGAUUAAAUCACCAAAACUAAAUACAACUCUUUCUAAAAGUGAUACUGAGAUAGCAAGCGUGUGCAGCUCUUCUAAAGAAAACUAUAUACGAGAUACAUCACCAAGGAAAAAGGUGAAACCUUCCGCACUGGCUAUCAUACACAUGCGCAGUCAAUCAGCUCCAAGUGUUAAUCAGUCACCUUCUCCAAGUCCGUCCUGGAUAUCGCAGCUUUCUAAUUCACCAUUUUCAAAAGAAAGGAAGUUUUCUUUCUCCAAUACCGGAGAACUGUCACCACGUAAAGUUUUCCAAGAAAUAAAUACAGGUUCACCAACGCUCAAGAAAGUAUUUGAUUUUGAUGUGAACAUUACUUCAAAAUUGUCACCUAAAAGGAAGACAUUUGGUGAUCUGAUGCCAUGGGAAAACCAAAACGUUCAACAAGAGACAUCUACAUCCAAGCGUAAAUCAAUCCGCGACUGACGUCAUCUACGGGCGUCAUCAAUUGAUAUAAAAUUGAAGACUGAUAUGAUGGCCUCAGGAGGAAAAAAACAUACAAGAAGAAGCGGAAAACAAUCCGCGACUGACGUCAUCUACUGGUAUCAUCAAUUGAUAUAAAACUGAAGAUUGAUACGAUGUCCUCAUGGGGGAGGGGGUACAACAAGAGACAUCUACAUUCAAGCGGAAAUCAAGUGAUUCCAAGUUGAAGAGUGAUAUGAUGUCCUCAGAAAACCAGGACGUUCAACAAUAGACAUCUACUUUAAAAAGCGUAAAUCAAUCCGCGACUGACGUCAUCAGUUCAAGGCAUCAACAAAUAUCAAAUUUAAGAAUGAUGUCCUUAAAAAACCAGGAUGUACAACAAGGGACAUCAUCAAAGCGUAAAUAUAUCCGCGACUAACGUCAUUAACUGACGUCAUUGAUUAAUGGUAAACUGUGUUAACAACCGAAAAGAAGUUACGCUUUUUUUGGCCAGACAAUUUAUCUAUAUAUCCCUGAAUGCAGAACAGAAGGCAAAGAAGUAUGUAUAAAAACAUUUGAAUCCGACCUGAUAUUCUAAUAGUUAUUAUAGCUGAUAAAUCGUUUCCAUAGUGUCUAAUUUCUUUUUCUUAAGUAUGUUUUCAAUUUCUAAAAUACAAUUUCUAUUCGAAAUGCAUAUGGUUCAUUGCAGAUGUAAUAUAAUCAGGUCAUAUCUUACAAAAUUUUGUCAAAAUACUUGUUUUAAUGUAAAAGCGAACCGUCCUGACUCCGUCCGUUUCGUUUGUUUUGUCGUUUUGCUAUGUUGUUUUUAUGGUUUUUUUCUAUAAUUUUCAUAUAAAAAAAACUCUAAAAAGGAACAUAACAUUUAUAAAGUAUUUAAUAAAAAAACAGCUACAGAAAAAAAGCAGUAUACUAGUAUGAAAACGGCCAGCAUUAUGUUUGAAAAAAAUACAGUAUUACGUUUCAUGCAUAAACUUUAGAAUUGGUAUUUAGUGUGGUUAAAUGUUUUAUAGUAAAUCAAGUUUUUUUUUAUAUCUGUAGUAUAUAUGAAUGUGUUUAUAUUAAACAAUUGAUGAUCGAGGAGAGGAGUAUUCAAUAUUCUAUAAUUUCCUUGUGUGUUGUCUUUAUUCAUUUUGAGUUCUUUGAACCUUAAUUUGCUCAUUAAUGUGUUCAUUGAAACCGUGCGUUUUAAUUGCGGUGUUAAGAUGCACAUUUCUUGAACCUAUGUGUGUUCAUAAGAACCUGUAUGUGUUCAUAAGAACCUGUAUGUGUUCAUAAGAACCUAAGU